GAAGGAGCGAACGUUUCGCAAUCGCGUUCGUCAGUUACGCGUGUCAGCGCGUACCAGUGUUCGACAUCCCGUUUUUUAGGUACACUUUUAAAUUUAAUAGAACAUCAUCGGGAUUGACUUUUUCGACAGAUGCGUUUGCCUCGUUGAAAAACUUUCGAGACACGUACCGGUGUGUAAUCGGCGUUGAUUUCCAUUCUUGCACCUUCCUCAUUGUGGAUUUGGGGUUAAGUGUUCGACAUCGCUGUGUCGCGUGGUGGCAAUUCGCCAGAUUAAUCACCGGACAUGCGGACAAGGUUAACACCUUUCUCACGCCUUCCUUCGAGGCUGUUUUCAAUCUGAGUAUUCGUGACAGUGAUCUUGCAAAAUGAAGCAUGAUAUCAAAGUUGCCGAAAUGCUUGACAGCUGUCAAAGCAUGAGGACCCUUUGAAAAUUCUUUUCGCUAUAUACCGUGAAAGUUCUACGGCUUCCUCGAAAUUCGGAUUUCAUGGAGACGGUACUACGACGAGUUCGAGACUCAGCAGCAACAAAUUAGGUUUGCAGCAGCCUCUCCUGGGUGGUGAAGAAGGAGCUCCGAGGGCAGACGAGACGGGGGUGUGCGAGAGAUUGAGGGUGUUUUUGCAAGAGUGAGAAUCGGGUCGCGUGGAUCGCUUCGCGAAGUGGGAAACGGUGGCGGUGUUGAGAAGAGAAUUCCGAGACAAGGGCGGCGGCGGCGGCGGUGGAGUUGCAACGACGGACCGGAAGCGGAAAUGGCCGCGAGGUGGCUUCUGCUGGCGCUCUUCGCCAUCCACGCCACCGCUCUUCCUGAUCUCAUUAGGAUAGGCGGGCUCUUUCAUCCUGCUGACGACAAACAGGCGGUGGCUUUUCGGUACGCAGUGGAAAAGAUCAACGCCAACAGAGACAUACUGCCCAGGUCCAGGCUCAGUGCCCAGAUCGAACAGAUUUCACCUCAGGAUAGUUUUCACGCUUCAAAACGUGUUUGUCACUUGCUGAGUACCGGUGUAGCCGCAAUAUUCGGACCUCAGAGCGCCCACACCGCAUCUCAUGUGCAGAGCAUCUGCGACACUAUGGAAAUUCCGCAUCUGGAGACGCGAUGGGAUUACAGACUUAGACGUGAAAGUUGCCUCGUCAAUCUCUAUCCUCAUCCCACAACCCUGUCAAAGGCGUACGUUGAUUUGGUUAGAGCCUGGGGUUGGAAGAGCUUCACGAUCAUUUACGAGAACAACGAGGGACUCGUCAGGCUCCAAGAAUUGCUCAAAGCUCAUGGCCCAAGUGAAUUUCCCAUAGCAGUUAGACAGCUCGGCGAAGGUGACGACUAUCGACCAUUGCUCAAGCAGAUAAAAAACUCGGCAGAAUCGCACAUCGUACUCGAUUGUUCGACAGACCGGAUUCACAGCGUUCUCAAACAGGCCCAACAGAUCGGCAUGAUGAGCGAUUAUCACAGUUAUCUUAUCACGUCUCUGGAUCUCAAUAGCGUUGACCUGGAAGAAUUCAAGUACGGUGGUACGAACAUUACUGCCUUCCGAUUGGUGGAUCCUGAGAAGCCAGAGAUUCAAAAGGUUGUCCAAGAUUGGAUCUACGGUGAGCAGAGAUAUGGGAGGCAGCUAGACAUGGGCCAGAGCUACAGCAAGAAUAAUCUCACGUUCGUUAAGACUGAAACAGCCCUGAUGUACGACGCGGUGCAUCUCUUCGCGAAGGCACUACACGUCCUUGAUACUUCUCAACAACUGGAGAUCAAACCAUUGUCGUGUGAAUCGACAGACACGUGGUCUCACGGAUACUCUCUCAUAAAUUACAUGAAAAUCGUCGAGAUGACCGGACUUACAGGAGUUAUUAAAUUCGAUCAUCAAGGCUUCAGAUCGGAUUUUACACUGGACAUAAUCGAACUGAACAGCAAAGAGGGUCUGAAAAAAAUAGGCACGUGGAACAGCACCGAGGGGGUUAAUUUUACGAGAAGUUUCGGUGACGCGUACACUCAAAUUGUCGAGAACCUGCAAAACAAGACUUUCAUCGUGACGACGAUACUGAGUGCGCCAUAUUGUAUGCGAAAGGAUUCGAGCGAAUCGCUCACAGGCAAUGCACAAUUCGAGGGUUACAGCGUUGACCUAAUUCACGAGAUAUCCCGGAUUCUCGGUUUUAAUUAUACGUUUCGAUUGGUACCUGAUGAUCAUUACGGUUCGUUGAAUCGUGAGACAAAAGAGUGGGAUGGUAUGAUGAAGGAAUUACUCGAUCAGAAAGCCGAUCUUGCUAUUGCCGAUUUGACCAUUACAUACGAUCGUGAACAGGCGGUUGAUUUUACAAUGCCAUUCAUGAAUCUCGGUAUCAGUAUCCUGUAUCGAAAACCAAUCAAGAAACCACCGAAUCUCUUCUCCUUUCUGAGUCCUCUAAGCCUGGACGUUUGGAUCUACAUGGCAACCGCGUACCUCGGUGUCUCGGUUCUUCUUUUCAUACUGGCCAGGUUCAGCCCUUACGAGUGGGAAAAUCCCCAUCCGUGCAACGCCCAGUCCGAGGUCCUCGAGAACGAGUUCACACUCCUGAACUCGCUUUGGUUCACCAUAGGCUCGCUCAUGCAGCAAGGCUCUGAUAUAGCGCCGAAGGCUGUUUCGACUCGAAUGGUGGCCGGAAUGUGGUGGUUUUUCACCCUCAUUAUGAUAUCAUCGUACACUGCCAAUUUGGCCGCUUUUCUCACCGUCGAAAGGAUGGAAUCGCCCAUCGAAAGCGCUGAGGAUCUUGCCAAACAGACGAAAAUCAAGUACGGAGCUCUGGGCGGUGGAAGCACUGCUGCCUUUUUCCGGGAUUCAAACUUCUCGACGUACCAACGCAUGUGGUCCUUCAUGGAGUCUGCUAAACCUUCAGUUUUCACGAAAAGCAACGUCGAAGGUGUCGAAAGGGUUGUCAAAGGAAAAGGCAAUUACGCGUUCCUCAUGGAAUCUACUUCGAUCGAGUACGUCAUCGAGAGGAAUUGCGAGCUGACCCAAGUCGGUGGUCUUUUGGAUUCCAAAGGAUAUGGAAUAGCGAUGCCACCGAACUCACCGUACAGAACCGCGAUAAGUGGUGCGAUUCUGAAGCUUCAGGAGGAGGGAAAAUUACACAUACUGAAGACUCGAUGGUGGAAGGAGAAACGGGGUGGAGGAAACUGCAGAGACGACAACCUGAAAAGUGGGUCAACAGCGAACGAGCUCGGGCUCGCGAACGUCGGUGGCGUAUUUGUCGUGCUGAUGGGUGGAAUGGGAAUCGCAUGUGUCAUGGCUGUAUGCGAAUUCGUAUGGAAAAGUCGAAAAGUCGCGGUUGAGGAACGGAAGAAGUCAUUGCGAACGGAGAUGACGAGCGAAAUGCGUUAUGGGUUGGACGACGUCGAAGAGAAUGAAAAAUCAACAACGAAAAUGAUGGAAUGUCGACGACAGAAGAAGCAGGAUAAUUCGUUGUCGAUCGUUUCCGAGUCUGGCCAAGCACCUGGCUAUACUAAAUACAGACAUUUCAUUGGCAAAGCCCCUCUCACGUAGGGCGAAAAAUAAUGGACAAAAACAAGAACAACGUUUACAUCAAAUAUUCUGUUCAGUGCAUCUCAUUCAUCGUAAGAUUAAACCCUCUUAAUAACGAUAUUAGAAAAUCCUUUUUUUACGAACAAUUGAAGGAGUGUGUGAAUGCAUGAAAGUGUGAAUUACGAUUCGAGCAAUUAAUCAUCAAGUGUAUAUACUAAAAUUCGUAUUACGUUUCAGUUUUUAUGACACAAAAUGAAAGAAAUAUAUGCAUAUAUAUAUAAAUAUCCACAAUGUAAAAUGUAUAUCACUAUGUUCGUUCGUAUCUGAGUUAAAAAAUGUCUUGCAAAAAGCAUGAAAAAAAAAUCAAAAUGGCUACGCGAGCUCGAAAAUCUCUUAUUCGAGCAGUGGCUUUUCCAAGAUUCUAUAUAUUGAUAUUAUAGAACGUUGUAAAUACGUAGAUCAUUAAAAUAUAGUUACGAUUCAAAUGACGAAAUAUUGCGUCGAAACCCCUGGAGGCAGAAAAUUAUGAAAAGGAAAGAAAAAAAAAAACAAAAGAAAACAAUAAGUACGAAAAUUUCUGCGGCACUUUUCCUUGCGUCAGGUCAUGCCAACUCUUGAAAAUUCAACUCCACGUGACGACUAACGUAUCUGUAAUUAUUUUAUUUCGUAACGAAUUCCCAAUCCAUUGAACGAAUUUCGUUACUGAAAUGAAACGUUAAAUUCCCCUUUGAAAUAAAUGAAUAUAGGACAUUUCCUGCCGUCGAUAUUCGUCGAUAAAUAUUUCCAAUUUCGUACAAAGACUGCGGACCGAACAGUAUUAAUUUUUGUCUUCCUUCGUGGUUGCGCGAUAAAGAAACGAUAAUGAAUAAAAAACAUUAAUAAAACCAAAAUUAUGUGCGUUUGAAAUGUGACGUCAAACUGUGAGCCAAAGUAAUGAUCGAUUGAAAAAUUGACCUUUUUCGUCGAAAGGACCAUUCUCAUACACUCAUCAAAAUCCCAAUCGAUCUGACAGUUUUUUAUUCGUACAUUAUUUUCGCUCCAACGACCACCGUGUCGACACUGUUGCGUUUUUUCAACGACAAGUGCGAAAAACUCAUGACUUUUCGUUAGUGUAUAUAAAUUCUAAUAUAUUAUAUAUAUACGCGCACAUGAGACUAAGAGAAAAAUAAAUAAGAAAUCAUUGUAAAUAAAUCCCGUUGCGACUUAAUUUAGACGAAUUUGUAAUGGGGGUGGAACGUGUCUGCGUUAAGCAUAAUUUUUAUUCCUCGUGUAAUUAUGAAACGACGUUUGAAAGGUUAAUAAAAUAAUCGUCCGUACGUUCUCAAAA